CCCACUGCCUCUGGAAGAACACAGCCCAGAAGCCUCAAACGCCCAAGCGUGCCGAAGAAGGAACUAAACCACCAUUUCGUCUCCUUGUUCGCGAAGCCUUCCCAAACCCGCGCCAAACCCCCACCACCACCAAACGAAGGAAGAAGCUGCCGCCGCCGCCGCCGUCGCGAAGCACAAAUCAUGAAGUUCAAGGCCUUCUUCACCGACGACGGUAUCGCCCUACUCGACAAGCGAUUCCUCCCGGCCAUGGACAAGGUGGGCCGCGUCUGCCACGUCUACCUCACGCCCACGCACGCCAUGCUGCUCCACAACCUCCUCGGCCCCACGGCCACGGGGCCCGACGGCGGCGGCCCGCAGUGCGUCGCUCAGUUCGCCAGGGACCUCCUCUUCCGUGAGUACACUGUGUCGUCGCGGAACGAGAACCGCGUCGCCUUCGCUGUCGACGUCUCCCUGCUCCACCGCGCGCUCCGUAGCGCGCUCGCCGUUCACGCGCAGUCGCCCGCCGCCGGGGACGCCCCUGCCGCGAUACAGGUGAAGCUCGUAAACAAGCUGGCCGCGGGAUCACGGGCGGCCGCGCCGUUCCUCACGUUUGAGACCAAAGGCGCCCGCGCUGCUGUCGUGCAGGAUGUGCCCAUCUCGCGCCCUCUGUCACGCUCCGAUGUCGAGCGGUUGCAGGCCGCCCUUGACGCCGCUCAGGAGCUUCCUCAGACUCUUGUCCAGGUUCCUGAUCUGCCUCAGUUCCAGAGCUUAGUGGAUCGUCUAAAAAAUGUUGGUGAUCUGCUAACAGUAGCUGUUACCCAAUACGGUGAUCUCCAUCUACAAGUUUCGACCUCUCUUGUUAAGGUUGGCUCCGAAUUCAGGAAGCUUCGGGUUCUUGGUGAUCGUGCAAAUGCACCUGUUGGUGACCAAAAUUUGACUGCUUCCAUUCGCAUGGAUAUGGCUGUUGAGAGAGGGGAAGCACUUUCAGUGCAAGUGAAUAUGAAGCACUUCGUUAAGAGCCUACACUGCCAUUUGGCCAAGCCAGACUGUACCUUCUAUGGUAUUGCUCCUCAUGGUGCUUGCUUGACUGUGAUAUUCCAGUAUUUCAUCCCGGGAACUAGAUUGACAGACAAAUCCAUUAGCUUCUACUGCAGGCUUCCGGUCCUCGACCCUGGCUCCAGUUAAUUAUUUUACAGUGUGGUACAUAACUUGCUUCAGAUAUCAGCAAAGAAUAUGUUAGGUAAGGCUAUCAGUUAAGCUGGCGUAUCUUUUUUAUUUGUCUCCCUUAUGACUUGUUUGUGGCUUUAAUGUAUUGGCUUGACAGUUAGUGAUCUGCUACUUUAUGUCAAAAAUGUGGAAGCUCAUUGUGAGUUACUGUAUUUGCAAAUUGCUGGCACUUUAAUUUUGACAUUGUACAAUGUACACACAUGCUAGAUUUUUUAGUUUCACUGACCUUCAACCUGUUGCGCUAAAGCUACUAUCAACUUUUUGUAUGUCAAAACCGAUGCUUCACCAUUUUGUUCUGCUGUGACCUGUUGGGUGAU